UACGGUUGUUUGAAUGAAGUCGGUGCAUGCGCAGAGCAGAGCAGAGGUACGGCUCACAUUGUAAUAAUCACAUGUAUUAUGUAAUGCGGUGACAAGAGGUACGGUGUACGUGCAGGGAGGUAUAAAUAAGGCACGCAUCGGAUGGUGUAUAAUCAUUGAGGUAGAAUUGGUAUAAUAAACAAGCAAAUUACGAGCACUCACUCGUCAGAGGUUCUACAUCGCACUCACUUCCUUGAUCUUGCACACAAGAGAUAGAACACCAACCAAAGAGCAACAAUGGCUUCCCCUCAAGACAUACAACAGAAAAUGAUGGCAGUACUUGCCAAUUUGAAACAAGAAGAUGCAAAAGGUUUUGAUACGUACGAGUAUGAAGGAGUUCAUCUUGCUGUAGAUACGUUAAAAAGCACCAUGGACGAUCUCAAGACGUUUGAAAUUCGAGAAGAUGACGUGUUCAUUGUUACUUACCCUAAAUCAGGAACCACGUGGACGCAAGAGAUAAUGUCCACUAUACUUCACGAUGGGAACAUUGAGGAAGUAAAUAAGAAACACACACUGCUUAGAGUUCCAUUCUUAGAGAUGACCCACGCUGGUGCAGCGCACCCAGAGAUGCCAAGGAGUGAUAAGAUGGUAGCCAAUAUGCCAAGGUCCACUCCUCGAUUUAUCAAGUCUCAUCUUCCAAGCCAACUACUACCUCCUGAAGUAUGGGAGAAGAAGAUUAAGAUGGUCUACGUCAUCAGGAAUCCUAAAGACACCAUUGUGUCUUUCUUUCAUCACGGAAAUCUUACAGCACCUCACAGGAAUUACCAAUUUGAUGACGUAUUUGAGAGAUUCCUGAAAAACACCCUUCCGUUCGGCAGUUGGUGGGAUCACAUUCUGAAGUUCUGGGAGAAGAGGAAUGAAGAUCACGUCCUGGUGCUUCAGUUUAAAGACAUGAAGAAGGACCUUCGUGGGACGGUGAAGCAAAUCAGUGAGUUCCUUGGGAAAUCCUUCUCAGAUGAAAUCAUAGACGCCAUUACCGAUCACUGCAGCUUUGAGAGCAUGAAGAAUAACCCUAUGACCAACCCAGACACUAUUAUUGCUCAAAGGUUUGGCAAGAUUGCAGAUGGAAAGUCAUUUAUGAGAAAGGGCAAAGAGGGUGGUUGGAAGGCACAGUUGUCCCCAUCUCAAAGCGAGGCUCUAGACGCACUAUGCAAAGAGAGGCUUAAGGAUACUGGUCUGACAUUUGAAAUAUUCGAGUUGGUGUGGACGUAUGAGUAUGAAGGGGUGUAUGUACCUAAAGACGUUCUUCAAACUACCCUUGAUGAUCUUAAGACGUUUGAUGUAAGACAAGAUGAUGUGUUUAUAGUUACCUUCCCUAAAGCAGGUACAACAUGGACUCUUGAAAUAAUGUCGGCCAUUCUUCAUGAUGGUGACAUUGAAUUGCUGAACAAAACCUAUUCAUGGCAAAGAGGACAUUUCUUGGAGAUAACUUUUGGAGGGCAUCAGAAUAGAGAUCUUCCAAAAACGCACAAGGAAAUAGCAAACCUUCCCACAAGUUCCCGACGUCUUAUAAAGUGUCAUCUCCCAGGUCAACUGUUGCCUCCUCAAGUGUGGGAGAAGAAGAUCAAGAUGGUUUACGUCAUCAGGAAUCCUAAAGACUUACUCGUAUCAUUCUUUCAUCAUCAGAGGUUAUUCGCUCCUCAUGAAGAUCUUCAAUUUGACAUAAUAUUCAGCAUGUACAUGGAUGGCACUAUUCCUUACGGCAAAUGGUGGGACCACUAUCUUUACUUCUGGCAGAGAAGAAACGAGGAUCACAUCUUAUUUCUGCGAUUUGAAGACAUGAAGAAGGAUCUUCGUGGGACGGUGAAGCAGAUCAGCGAGUUCCUUGGGAAAUCCUUCUCAGAUGAGAUUCUGGACGCCAUUACCGAUCACUGUAGCUUUGAGAGCAUGAAGAAGAAUCCCAUGACCAAUCCAGACUCUCUGAUUAAGAAUUUCUAUCCAGACGGCAAAAUUCCUGAUGGGCAGUCUUUCUUAAGGAAAGGUAUUGUUGGUGAUUGGAAAGUGCAACUCUCGGAAGCUCAAAGCAAGGCUCUUGAUGAACUGUGUGAAGAGAAGCUUGCAGGAACUAGAUUGUCAUUCAAUUAA